AUGACCGCGCCAGCCGGCUCGACAGAAAAGUCGGAGACGUCGGAGACAACGACCCUACAGACAACGGAGGUUUCUACGGUGGAUGUCGAUCCUGACCUGCCUCGUGUUCUAGCGAAGGUCCCAGGAACUGUAUGGGUAGUGGCUUUCAUUGCUGCAGCGGAACGAUUCACAUACUGGGGCAUCACAACUCCCUGGCAGAACUACAUGCAAAACCCCCCUGGGCAUCAGAGUUUGCCCGGUGCAUUAGGCCUCGGCGAAGCGAAAGCAUCCACGAUAUACAAUGUCUUCAUGUUUUUCUCCUAUUUAACACCAAUUCCUUUCGCGAUAAUCUCGGACGUCUAUCUCGGUCGUUAUCGGACAUUGCGCCUGAGUUUGAUCUUCUAUUUAAUCGGAUGCGUCAUUUUAAUUGCGACUUCGGUGAGCUCCGCCACAGAGUAUCGGGUCACUUUUGGCGGGCUAAUUGCAGCCAUGGUUCUCAUUGGAUUGGCGGUAGGGGGUGUGAGGGCGACAGUGACACCUCUGAUGAGUGAUGAUACCUUGCUCACCAUCUUGGAAUCAGUGGACCAGUAUGCGCCGACCGAAGUCAAAGUGACAACAUUACCCAACGGCAAGCAGGUUGUAUAUGAUCGUGGCCUAACAACGCAGUACAUAUAUAACGCACAAUACUGGUACAUAAGGCUCGUCAACAUUGCAAGUCUGUCCGCGAUCCCGACGACUUUUAUAGAGAAGAACGUUUCUUUUUGGGCAGCAUAUCUUCUCCCCAGCUGCUUUCUUGCCGCAGGACUUGUCUUGCUUAUCAUAGGACAGAAACGGUUUCGCAAACUCCCGCCAACCGGUAAUAUUCUACCGAAAGCAGGAAGUGUGCUCUCUUGUGCCAUCCGUGGCCGCUUCCAGCUUGAUGCUGCCAUGCCAUCUUAUCAGCGCGAGCAUUUCGCCAAAGAGGUUUCAUGGGACGAAACCUUUGUGAACGAGAUACGACGCGGACUCGUGGCUUGUCGAGUCAUACUGGGGUUCAUUCUAUUCUUCACCUGCCUCAGUCAAGCAUCCAAUAACCUGAUUUCUCAAGCGGGGCAGAUGAAAACGUAUGGAAUCCCGAACGACACGAUCACUGCGAUGAAUCCCAUAUUUUGCGUCAUAAUGGGCCCAGUUAUCCAAAAGGGAUUGUACCCCUUGCUGAACAAGAACAAUGUGAAAUUCCAGUCCAUCACACGCAUGGCAACGGGAUUCAUCAUGAUGAGCGCAUCAAUGGCAUUCGCUGCCGGGGUCCAAAAGAUUAUCUACGACACUGGACCCUGUUAUGAUCGGCCUCUUACGUGCCCCGGGGCUGAGAAUGGUCGGAUUCCAAACCAGGUCAACGUCUUUCUUCAGACUCCAACAUAUAUCAUCCUUGCGGUGGCAGAGAUCUUCUCUUUCGUGACCCUGUCGGAAUACACCUAUACAAAGGCCCCGACAGACAUGAAAGCUGUGGUCCAAGCGCUCGGUCAACUGGGUGCGGCGGCAGGAUCAGCCAUUGGUAUCGCGAUCACUCCGUUAGCUCAUGAUCCCAGCCUGAUAUGGAUGUAUACUGGGCUAGCGGUAGCUAUGUUCUUGGUAGCGGUUGUUUUUUGGAUCUUGUUCAAGAAAUAUAAUGCGAUCGAUCGGGAGGAUAAAUGA